GUCUGCUACAGCAUGUAGCAAAUUUUUACAGCUUCUCUUUAUAACAGUUUAUGCCAUACUUCUAAUAUGACUGUGGAUCAAUAAGUGCUAAUGAAAGUGAUUUUAAUCCUUAGGUCUCUACUACUGCCUUGGAUUUAAUACAUCUGAAUCAUAAUAUAUUCAACAGAAGAUGAAAGACCGCCUUCAAGAGCUUAAACUGAGAGCAAAGGAACUACAAUUAUUUGAAGAGAACAGCCGUGUUGUUAAUGCUGUUACAGAAGAACAAGGAGAACUUGAACAAGCAGCUGUUAUUUUUGAAAAGGAGCCCGUAACUGAAAGGUACUUGCAUGAAAUACAACAACUUCAUAAUGAUAUUAGCAAUUUGGCAAUGGAUGUUCAAAAGUUUAGUCAGCAGCAGAAGAGUCUGAUGGCUUCCAUGAGAAGAUUCAGUGUGCUCAAAAAAGAAUGCAGUGACACAAAAGCAAUUAAAGUUCGAGCAGAGCACAUUAAUAAGUGCUUGGAUGAUCUGUCAAAAAUACUGAAGAAGGAAGAAAAAGAACAUAGCUCAUCAUCUGCCAUUAGAAGAGUCCUCAGUUCUCAGAGUGCAGUCCUAUUCCGUCGUUUCCAAAAUAUAAUGAUUCUGUACAAUAAUGCUAUAACAGCCAAACAAGAAAAAUGUAAGGAUUUUAUUAUGCGUCAGCUGGAAGUGGCAGGAAAAGAAGUAUCGGAGGAAGAACUGAAUAAUAUGGUUGAACAAGGGAAAUGGGAAAUCUUCAAUGAAAAUCUGCUCACAGAGGUCAAGAUUACUAAAGCUCAGUUAUCUGAGAUUGAACAAAGACAUCGAGAACUGGUUAAUCUGGAGAAUCAGGUGAAAGACUUAAAGGGCCUCUUUUUUCAAAUCUCACUUUUGGUAGAAGGACAAGGUGAAAUGAUCAACAACAUUGAAAUGGAACUCAUUAAUACUCAGGAUUAUGUCCAAGUAUCAGGAGAAAAGUUCAGGCUGGCAGCUAAGUAUCGAAAAAAGAAUCCAUGCAAAGUACUAUGCUGUUGGUGCUUCCCCUGCUGCAAAUGAUGUGUCCUCUGGCAAUUAAAACUUAAGUUUUGAUCCAGAAAAUACUGAAUAGGACUAAACUUGAUAUGGAGAAGGUGGGGUUGCUGUAUUACUAGGAAUAGGUACUAUUUUUCACAUGAUACUUGCUUUCCUUAGUCACAUUGUCUAUCUAAAGCAGAGUUUGCUAAGAGGAGUAUUCACCUCUGAAGAACACACACUGAAAAUCAUGAAAAGGGAUAAAAUGCAAGGGAACAAUCUUGCCAACGUUCACCAUAUUCUUUGGGAGCUAACUGAACAAUCCCUUGCUAUAACUGUGAACAGUGGGAACAGUCUCCUUUCUACAUACUGCUUUAAAAGGGCAAAUGACAGCAUGAAUGUGACAUAAAAGAGUAUCAGUAAUGAUUUAUUAUGUGACAGGUACCAGUGAAGCAGCUGUUUGAGACGAAGGCACAACUGUACUAUCGUAUUUAAUUUCAACCAAGUUCCCUGGAAUUAAAUGCAUCUUCCUAACUAUUUUGUUCAAGUAGUUUGGAUUAAGAAAAACUGCAAACCUACUGUAACAUAAGUUAGGAUAUACAGUAUAUUUUUAAUUGAAAUUACACAUUGUUGU